AUUCCUUCAAAAAUUCAAUGAUUAUAAGCAAAAUCCGAGCUGCUCCGCUGGAGCAGCCAUGGGCAAAUAUAGUGGCAAAAUACUGUUUAUUUGUUGCAAAAUAUCCAUGGCCAUUUAUCAUUAUUCCACUGAUUAUCACAAUUUGCUUAUCAAUGGGAAUUAUAUUAAAUUUCAAAAUCGUACGUGGUGUCAAUUAUCUCUAUGCGCCUUUAAAUGCCACGUGGAAGACGGAGGAGGCGGUUUUUGGAGAGAAUUGGGCAAAAGAUGACGAUCAUUUCUAUCCGGGAAAAGACAUACUCCGUCGCCAGGGAAUCUAUCUAAUUGUGAAUGCAAAAGACGGUGGAAAUGUGCUCCGACAGGAAUAUGCUCAGGAUUUCUUGAAAAUACUUGAUUGGAUAUUAAAUGUGAAAUUAUUAUCGUCUGCAGGAAGAAUAUUCACUUAUAAGGAUGUUUGUCUUCAUUUUCAGAAUGAUUGUUUCUCAAAUCCACAUGCAAAACUCCUUGCAAACAUUUAUUCGAAAAAUCAUCAAAAUUCAAUGUUCAACAUUACAUAUCCAAUAUACCGGAGCACCUACGCCACAGAGCCAAUUGAUAUCUCAAAAGUCCUGGGAAAUGUCUCUCUGGAUUACGAUGGCCACGUGGAAAAUGCGUCUGCUUGGUUAAUACUAUAUCAAUUAAAAAAUGAAAAAUGGCAAUUGUCGAGGGAUUUUGAAGAUGGGCUCGCGGAGAAAAUUCAGAGCGGGGAGGCUCCCAGUGAGCUGCUGAAUUUGUAUUAUUUUCAUUCAGCGACUUUUGAUCAGGAAUUGGAAAAAGAGAAUAGAAGAUUGACACCUAAAUUCUCAAUCACCUUCUCCGUACUGAUAAUCUUCGCAAUAAUGACAACAUUUACCAUAAAAUUCAUGAAAUUUAAAACCGAAAACGGAAUUAAUCAAUAUCCAGUUAUCGAUUGGGUUCUGAGUAAGCCAUUACUCGGAAUAUGUGGAGUACUUGUUACAAUGUGUGCAAUUAUUUCAUCAACUGGAUUACUUAUGCUUUUUAAUGUUACUUUUGUUGAUAUGUGCACUGUUAUGCCAUUUUUAUCGUUGACUAUUGGUAUUGAUGACACAUUCCUCAUGCUUGCGGCUUGGCACGAGACAGAUAGAAAUCUACCGUAUGAGAAACGAAUAGAAAAAGCGAUGCGCCACGCAGCAGUCUCUAUAUCAAUUACGUCAUUAACAGAUGCAUUGGCAUUCCUUAUUGGAUCAAUUGCACCACUUCCAGCUGUUAUUUAUUUUUGUUAUUAUUCAUCUGCAGCGAUAUUAUUCAUAUUUUUAUAUGUUCUCACCAUGUUUGUGGCUGUACUUGCGUUGCAAGGCCGGAGGGAAGAAGAUUUAAAACAUUCGGUUACUGGUAUGAAGACUAUUGAUUUGGAUUCUGAUUAUGAAACCGCUUCAACUCGCCAACUGCUUCUAAAAAUGGGUAGCCGAGUGUCAGUGAAAGCAGACGAGGAAAAUAAUAAUAAUAAUAAUGAAAAAUCAAUAGAAAACAUACAAAAAAUCGAUAAUCGAAUGUGGUAUCAAAGGUUUUUCGAGGACCAAUAUGCUCCAUUCAUUUCAAAUUCAAAAAUUUCGAUAUUAAGUUUUCUGAUUUAUUUGGCUUAUUUGGCAGCUGCAUUCUAUGGAGUUAAACAUCUAAAAAUUGGAUUUGAUCUCAUCAACAUUGUCCAAGAGGACUCUGCGUCACGAGUGUUUUUGGAAGUUCGAGAGCAGCUUUUCCCAGAGGACACAAAGCUAAUGGACAUUGCCGUAAUGAACUCGCCAAAUUUCUCAAAUCCAGAGGAAAGAUUCAAUUUUAUGGAGGUUCUCAGCGAAUUUGAGUCAACCUGGUGCUCGGAAGGCAGAGAAUCCACACAGUUUUGGUUUUUUGAAAUGCAAAAAUAUUUGAGCAAUUUGGGAUUUGGAGGGGAUUUGACAAAAACUAUGAAUAGUGAAAGGAAGCUCUCCCAAUCCAAAAAGACCUUCCUAAUGUCCCAUGAGAAAUUCGGCUACGACGUCCUAUCCGACAAGCAGUUCCGUCUUUCGACUCGCUUGAAAAACGUGGAAACCGAUGAGGAAAUGUUCAAUUGCGCGAGGACAAUGAGAAAACUGUCCCAAAAACAUGCAAACUACAGUAUUAUUACAUAUUCUCCGUUGUGGAAUAUUGCAGACGAGUAUGAUAUUAUGUGGCCACAAACUAUGCAGGAUAUCUAUAUUUCUAUUGCUGUCAUGGUUCCGGUCGCACUGCUCUUCAUUCCACAACCACUCUGCUCAGUUAUUAUUGGCUUAAAUAUCGCCUCCAUCGCAUUCGGAGUCAUCGGAACCAUGUCCUUCCUUGGUGUCAGCCUGGAUGCCACGUCAAUGAUUACUGUAGCAAUGAGUGUCGGAUUUUCAGUUGAUUUCGCCGCCCACGUCUCUUACGCGUACAUGACAGAAUCUGGAGCCCAAAUUCCGGGAAAAAGUGCAAUUUAUUCACGAUUUUGUCACACUUUGGGUACAAUCGGCUGGCCAGUCACACAGGCUUCAGUUUCCGUACUUUUGGGUGUUUCUUCGCUGUAUUUGGUGGAUAGUUAUGUGGUUCAAACGUGUUUUAGGACUGUUGUAUUGGUUAUUUUAUUUGGUACCACCCACGCAUUGGUCUUCCUUCCACUUCUUCUAAUGAACUGUCACAGGGUAUUUGACUACUUUAAGACAACUUCCACGACUAGUACGGAGCCGUGAAAUUGAUAAAAUAUCAAUUUUUGUGCAAUUUGUAACUUAUUUAUUUAUUUCGUUUGUACAUACAUGUUUUAUUUUGGUUUGAAAUAAUUUUUUAUUCA